AUGGAUCAGCCAAAGCAAUCAGCCGAUGCGCCGUCCCCGGGGCUCGUCGCUGGGAGACAAUUCCUCGAAAAGAUCCUUCGCCCGCUCACAACCUUUAAAAGCCCCGGCGUUGCAGAGUCAGUACUAGAGGAGUACAAUGCCACUAUCACGCCCCUGGACUUUGCCAGCGGCCAGCCCGUCAACAACGCUCCCACUUUACUUUGCCCCAUGGAUAGAGCGGUGGUGAGGGGUGCUAUUGAUGAGAUAAAGCCCUGGAUGCAGUUGAACGAGGACGGUGGCUUUUAUAAUUAUGAACCCGUCUUGGAGUUCUUCAGAUACGAGCCGUAUUAUCAUUACCGCAACGCCGACCACUUCGCCAAUACUGUGCAUACCUACUUGAUGCUCUACCAGGACGAGGAGUCUCCCGGGUACCUGCUAAGCAGAACUUCCUGGGACAACGGCGGUGCCGAGUGUGUCCUGCCUUGGCUAAGGUACUUCCACGAGGACGUCUAUAAGUGGCAGCUUCUUGACGCCUUCAUACAUCUACUACCCUACAAGCCUCGCCCAACCCCCAAGCCUCGCUUACCCUCCGAGCUUCACACUCCCACGCCUCGCGAGCCAUGUCCCGAUCCUCGCAAGCCGCAUGUCAUCUGCCAUACCGUUGACUCAACGCCCUGGAUGGCAGGCGUGCUCCGAACGAGCGAGUUCAAGACCAUCCUCUUUAUCGCUGGCGCGAAUAAAUUCAAGCCUGCGUUCGAAGCUUCGGAUCACUUUGCCGUGACUGUGCUUUCCUUCUGGAAUUGGGAAGUGCGCAUUGUGCAGGGACUUGUCAACUUCAAAACGCUUGCCCUGGACAUUCGUGUUUCAAGCCCGCAGAGCUUUCGUGACGGCAUCCGCAACGACGACGGCUCUAUUGACCCUCGCUUCCUAACGCUGCUGGGGUACAACUGUGGUGAGGUUCUCCCCUUGUCUACUUAA